CUUUGUAGUACUAAGUCACACGUGAACCGUCCUUACUACUUACAAAUUGCCAAAACCAAGUAGUAAUAAAUAACAUUAAAAUAAGAAGAUGAAAUAAGAAACCGAGCACGAACACAAAAAAUAGAGUGCUUUUCUCCAGCAGCAAAACUUGAGAAGGUUGAAGUUGGCCAACAAUUAGGAUUCAGAGUUAUUGGAAAUAAAGAUUUCGAAAUCAAUUAAUUUCGUCGCAAUUUUUACCUAAAAAUGAUUCUGCUUGCGAUCCAGAUCGGUGGAGGUGAUUGAGAUCGCAUAAUUGUGCGAUUCCACGAUCUGGAUCGCACUCUUGACAACAUUGGUUGAGAUGAUAAUGACUAGAUGUUGACAUGUGCAAUUCAAUAUGUUGGCAUGCUGUUAUAAAUUGUGUGAAAUUUAUAAAUAAUGUAAUUUAUGUUUUGAAUCGUUAAAAAUAAUGUAAUUUGUGUUAUUGAAGUUUAUUAUAGAAAUGCAUGUAAUAUAGUUUGAGUGUUUAAGUUUAUUAUAGAAAUAUCAGAGAAACAAAUCUAAGUGGGUUCAAGUCUAAGAUUACAAAAAUGCAAGAAAUAAAAAGUAUGUAACAAUAAAAAAGAAAUGAAAAAAAAGUAAAAACCCUUAAAAUAUGAUAGAAGGUUGAAGGUUGGAAACCUCCAUUAUUGUUUAUUUGUGUUUCAUGCUUUACAAGCUUCUGACCCUCUGUGUCAUUUGUGUAAUACUAUUGUAACUUUGCGAUGAGGUCUAACAUUGGGGUGAGAGAGUUAACAACAAUGAUGCUUCGGAGAAAAACUGUCUACUUAAAGCAUCAACAGUAAGAUUAGAUCUGUCAGGUACUUUAGUUGCUCAGUUCCUUGUGAACUAUUGCUUUGCUUUGCUUAAGCAACUUGCAUUUGAGGGACACUUUUGAUCGAGAUCCUGGUUGAGAGACUUUCUGUUCAGAGAUGAGGACCGGCCUGAAGAACAACAUUGCUUACAGUUUCUUCGAUCCAGAGAUUGGUGUGCUCAAGGAUAUGGUAGCAUUGAUUACUCCUGACCAUGUGGGGAUGUUUAGAGAGUCAUACGGUGGUAUUCUGAAGACGGUUUUCAGGCUCACUGACUGUGAUAGGAGUGCCAUUCAUACUCUUCUUCAGUUCUACGACCCGGGGCUGAGGUGCUUUGUAUUUCCGGACUAUCUGUUGGGGCCUCUGAUGGAGGAUUAUGUCAGCAUCCUGGGUAUUCAGAUCCGUGAUCAGAUUCCUUUCCAUGUCACUAGGGCGGAGCCGGAUGUCCUUGGGAUUUCACGUGCUCUUUAUUUGAGUCCGGAAAUGGUCAAGGAAGGUUUGAAGGAGAAGGGAAAGUUACCUGGAUUUCAUUUGAGUUUCUUGGAGGCUAAUGCCAAGGAACAUGCUGCUGUGGGUAACUGGAAGACGGUUUGUGCUCUGAUUGCUGUGAGCAUUUAUGGGAUUGUUCUGUUUCCUAACCAGAAGAAUUUCGUGGACCGUAAUGCUAUCAGGUUGUUUAUGCAGAGAAACCCUAUUCCUACCCUGAUUGGAGAUGUAUACUACUCAGUGCAUAACAGGAAUGAGAAGAGGCGUGGUGGUCUGGUCAGAUGCUGCUCUCAGCUACUCUUUAGGUGGUUCAUGGGAUAUUUGCCUUCCCGAGGUGCCUUUGUUCAGAUUGAUCCUAGUGUGAAGUGGUCCUUUCGAUUGAUGGGUCUGCGGGCUGAUGACAUUGCUUGGACUCAUAAUGGUUUAGCUGGUCGGGACUUCAUCUGCAGUUGCGGGAGUUUACCUAAUGUGCCUUUAGUGGGAGUUCAGGGUUGCAUUAAUUACAACCCGAUGCUUCUCCGGAGACAGAUGGGGUUUGCUAUAGAAGGUCCUCCUCUCGGGCGAGAGAUUCAGGAAUCCUUUUACUUUCCGAUUGAUGGCAACCGGGCCAAGCUGAGGCAAGUGUUGGACGAAUGGCGAGAUAUCCAGAGGAAGGGUAAGGUUCUUUAUGGCAAAGUCAACUGCCGGUAUUUGCCACUAUUUGAGGAUUGGUUGCGAAAGAGGAUUGAGGCCACAUUUCUACCAUUUCCUGGAGGUGAUUUGGGUUGUCCUAUGAUCGAGGGUCCAAGUUCUUCUGUUAGUGUGGAGGAAUUCCUCGAGAUGAAGAGGGCCAGAGAUCAGUUACUUGCGGAGAAAGCGGAGUUAGAGAUGACUGUUGCUCGAAUCCAGAUGUCCAACCAAGAGAUGAAAGUGAAGCUGGAAGAUCAAGACAAGCGGCAUGCUUUAGAGACCAAACGCUUUGAGAUGGAUACAGCCUACUACGGGAAGAUCAGCCAGGCUUUAGCAUCAUCCAACCGGGAGCAUGACAUCACGAAGGAGAAGCUGUUCAGAGCAUCGAAGGUGAUUGAGGAUGAGAAGAGGAGGCAGAUCCUUGUCAGAGAGCAGAGAGAUGACAGAGUCAGAGGAAUCAUUGCUGAAUGGGAGGCUAAGCUGCAGGUCAAGGAAUCAGAGAGUCUGAAGAUCAGGGCUGAGAAAGAUCAUUACAUGGCUGAGAGAGACCACUACUUCAGGCAGAUGAAGAUUCAUCAGAAGGAAGUUGGAAGACUACAGCAGGAGAACACAGAGCUCAGGUUCGCCGCCGAGUUCGUGAGGAUGGAAGACGAGAUAAGGUCACCUGCGGGACCCUCAUCCAGCUAGUUCUUUCAUUUGUGUUGAAUUACCGUCAGGCUUGUUGACGGAAUUCACUUUGUCUGUAUUUCUUUUCUAUUCUGGAGGAUUGUAUUUGAUAUUUGAUCUGAUGUAUGACUAUUGCACCGAUUGUGCACUCUUUUGGUUAUGUGAUGGUGAUUUUCAUUCA